UUUGAUAUUUGAAGACAUCAUGGACAUGGAGACAAAAUAUUCACACACCGCAUGCUUCUUCGCUCUUGCAGACAUUGAACGACGGCUGACAGCAGCCAUGCCCGCCUAGCACACAGUUCUGGCCACCCGUCAGCAUACUACGCUGACGCUCCAUUUCUAGUCUGGAGAGCACUCAAGCAGCGGCGAAUUAUGACGGGGAGGAAGCAGAUCCUGUUCGCCAGGUCGCCUCUGCUGGGCGCGCUGGGUGGAGAAGACUGGCGACAGAGGAUGACCUCGCCAGGCUUGCAACACGGGAAGGUGUUGCUUGGGUUUGCAGCUGCGGGCACAACUUCGGCACCGCUGCGACUACCACGGCCGAAAACCUCGAUGUGCAAAGCGACGAAGCUGGCCAAUAAGCAGAGACUCGCUAAGAAACACAUGGAACUCUCGAGGGGGGCGGCGAUGUUACGCGCUUGGCUUAUACCCAAGGAAGCUGCCGUAGCCUCGCCCCACGUCGCCAGUGGUGCACAAGCGCGGCGGCAAGGGGCGGGCUCUGGAGUUGCGUGUGUGGACGGGGUGAAGAACGAGAGCCUUCCUGAACCGGCCGGCGCAGGCGACAACAAGCAGCAAGUCUUGGACCUUCUGGCCGUUGUUUCAAGUCCGGGAGCCAGUAACUCCUUGACGGAACAGGCCAGGACGCCCUCCAGGAAGCGGUCAGGCGAUAACCACCAAGGGGCGAGGGGAGCGGCGCGACCGCGAACAUCCGAGGGUGGUGCUAGCGGCGAUGUCGGUGGCAGCACCCCACCAGCAACAGGGAAACCUCGUCAUGGUGGCGAUGUUGUUCGGAUGUAGGGAUCUUGAGCAGCAGUGCACGACAUGAAAAUAAUCAAUGUUGACGGGUUUUUUUCUUCGCAACAAACACUUUUUUUUGUGCUGUUAGGUCACUUGGAAACAGAGGAAGCUAGAUGGAAGCGAACAUGACUUGUACAAAUGGGUGUUAGUCGAUGUUUGUUUACAUGUUUUUUCUUGCGGCUUCAAUCACUCGGUCAUUUCGCAUCGUUCGCGGACAGACGCAGCCGUCCAGACAGGCAACGUUAUCGCAUGUAUAUGGUAACUGGUAUGCAAGCGGGUCGAUUUACGUGUCAAAUCCUUGUUCCG